AUGGCGCUUAAAAUCAUCAAUGCGGUCGCCAGAGUGUUUCAGCUCCUGUGUGCUGCAGUUGUCCUCGGCCUCUCCAUCACCUUAAUCAAAAGCCAAGUCUAUGGCUCCGUUGCGGCCAACAACUAUGCGGCAUUCACAGGAGGUUUCGGCUUGCUCGUUGGCCUGCUGGGAAUCGCCGCCGUCUUCAUUGAGCCGCUUGCUGGUCUCGUCAUGGUCGCCGCCGACGCUCUGGCUGCGCUGUUCCUCCUUGCGGGCGGCAUUGCCGUCGCAGUCAAGCUCCGAAACGUUUCUUGCAGCUCCAAGAGCGAUUCAAACAAGUACUACCUGGGCAAGAACGAGCUCACCAACGGCGGCUGCAUGAAGGAUAACAAGGGAAACUUGCGCGACUGCGGUUCCCACUCGGUCGACUCGGCGCUCGAUCGCUGUGUCAAAAACAGCGCGGACGCCGCCUUCAUGAUCAUCACGGCCGUCUUUUGCAUCGGCACGCUUGCCAUGACUCUGCUGGCGAUGAAGAGAGGCGGUGGCAUUGGAAGGAAGGGUGUUGUUGUUUAA